AUGUCAUUUACCAAGGUUUCCUAAGAGAUGUCAUCGACUAGAGAUUCAAUAUUCUUCCAAAUAGAUCAAAUAUCCAAGCAAGAUAACGAUUUUAACUCAAAUUAAAUGAGUAUACUUAAAACACUCAUCUAGACCAACUCGGAAAAUAUUUCUUUGUCAGAUCUAAAUAUUAUAAAGGAAAAAUUCAUCACAAAAUAUGUAGCAAAUCUCAAAGGAUAAUCUUCCACAAAAGCUGCUACUGAUUUGAGUUUUAUACUAUAGCUUAUAGAUAAUUCCUAUGAUUAGAAUAAGAUUGAGUCUAAGAUUACAUUUUUCGAAGAUUAUAGCUUUAUUAAUCAUCAAUCAAUGAGCGAUUCUGAGAAAUAUUAUUCUUAAAAACCAAGGUGGAUAAAAUGGCUUACAACUUUUAUAUACUUAGCUAACGUAGCAGUUGCAGGAUAUAUAUGUGUGCUUUCACUUUUCGCAUAAGAAUUGUCUCAAAAGUAUGUAUUUGAUAAUGCUGGGCAGCCUGGAGAAACAAUGUAUAUUACUGGAUGUCAUUGGACUGCAAUAACAAUAAUAUCUAUUUUUGGACUGGUAUUUUCAAGAGUCAAUUUCUCCAUUGUAUUCCUUCAUCAGUUUAUCUACAAAGGUCUCUACUUAAUUGUCUCAGUCAUACCCUCUUUAAUCAAUAAAGAGUAUGAAGAAAUUCCGAUUGGUAUGUCAAUCUUUUUCCUUGUUUGGGAAUUCUUGUUGCCUAUCGUAAUACCUUGGGGAUAUCUCUUUGGCUUUAACUCUAAGAUAGUUAACUAGAAAAAUAAUCAAUGA